AUGGAGGCAUCUACUAAGAAUGAGGACCACAGACUUGGAGAUGGGAUGCUCCUCAAAAAUCAUUUCUAUGCCAACUUCUUUGCCUCACAGUUGAGGAAACUGGGGCCCAGAGUGAGGAAAGUCUUGCCAUGGGUCACACAGCCCUGCCCACCGGGGGAGGGGCAGCCGCACUCCCGCCCCGCCGACGGACCGGGCGGGCCGCGCCUCCCGGAGAAAGGAAGCCGGGAGCGCGAGCGGGAGGGGGCGGGGGCGCUUAAAGGGACAGCGGCAGCGUCCUGGCUGGAGCGGGCGGUCUCACCUGCGGCCCUGGCACGCGCUCGGGCGUUCCCGUGGCCCGGAGGCAGUGUGGACAUCGAGCAACUGGAUCCCCGUGGGCGGACUCCCCUGCACCUGGCCACCACGCUGGGGCACCUUGAGUGUGCCCGUGUGCUCCUGGCACAUGGUGCAGAUGUGGGCAGGGAGAAUCGCAGCGGCUGGACAGUGCUCCAGGAGGCUGUGAGCACCCGGGACCUGGAGCUGGUACAGCUGGUGCUAAGGUACCGGGACUACCAGCGGGUGGUGAAGCGGCUGGCAGGCAUCCCCGUGCUCCUGGAGAAGCUGCGCAAGGCCCAGGACUUCUACGUGGAGAUGAAAUGGGAAUUCACUAGCUGGGUGCCCCUGGUGUCCAAGAUCUGCCCUAGUGACACCUACAAAGUGUGGAAGAGUGGGCAGAACUUGCGGGUAGACACCACACUGCUCGGCUUUGACCAUAUGACUUGGCAGCGAGGGAACCGCAGCUUCGUCUUCAGGGGCCAAGAUACAAGUGCCGUGGUCAUGGAGAUUGACCAUGACCGCCGGGUAGUGUACACGGAGACUCUGGCGCUGGCCGGGCAGGACCGUGAGCUGCUGCUGGCUGCUGCUCAGCCCACCGAGGAGCAGGUGCUGAGCCGGCUCACUGCGCCUGUUGUCACCACGCAGCUUGACACCAAGAAUAUCUCCUUUGAGAGGAACAAGACGGGCAUCCUGGGCUGGCGCAGUGAGAAGACCGAAGUGGUGAAUGGGUACGAGGCCAAGGUAUACGGGGCAUCCAAUGUGGAACUCAUCACCCGGACACGGACAGAGCAUCUUUCAGAGCAGCACAAAGGCAAGGUCAAAGGUUGCAAGACACCUCUCCAGUCCUUCUUGGGAAUUGCUGAGCAGCAUGGGGGCCCCCAAAAUGGGACCCUGAUCACUCAGACUCUGAGCCAAGCCAACCCCACUGCCAUCACCGCAGAAGAGUACUUCAACCCCAACUUUGAGCUUGGCAACCGUGACAUGGGCCGCCCCAUGGAACUGACCACCAAGACACAGAAGUUCAAGGCCAAGCUGUGGCUGUGUGAGGAGCAUCCCCUGUCCCUGUGUGAGCAGGUAGCCCCCAUCAUUGACCUCAUGGCUGUCAGCAAUGCGCUUUUUGCUAAGCUCCGGGAUUUCAUUACCCUGCGCCUGCCUCCUGGCUUCCCUGUCAAGAUUGAAAUCCCGAUCUUCCACAUCCUCAAUGCCCGAAUCACUUUCGGGAACCUCAAUGGCUGUGAUGAGCCUGUCCCUUCCGUGCGAGGCAGCCCCAGCAGCGAGACCCCUUCCCCAGGCAGCGACUCCUCCAGUGUCAGCAGCUCCAGUUCUACAACCUCCUGCCGUGGAUGCGAGAUCUCUCCCACCUUGUUUGAGGCCCCACGAGGCUACAGCAUGCUGGGCGGCCAGCGGGAGGCCGCGACCCACGACGAUGAUGAUGACCUUCUGCACUUUGCCAUCCAGCAGAGCCUGCUUGAGGCGGGCAGUGAGUAUGACCAGGUCACCAUCUGGGAAGCACUAACCAACAGCAAGCCGGGCACUCACCCCAUGUCCUAUGAGGGUCGCCGACAGGACAGGAGCACCCCGUCCACACCACAGCGCCAGCCCACCACCCCCACUGCGGUUCCCAGCCCUAGGCCCAGCCCGGGCCCUGGUAGCCACAUGUUCCAGAGCUACGAUGAGCAGCUGCGGCUGGCCAUGGAGUUGUCCGCGCAGGAGCUGGAGGAGCGGCGGAGACGUGCACGCCAGGAGGAGGAGGAACUGGAGCGAAUCCUGAGGCUCUCACUGACGGAGCAGUAGUGCCACUGUCGGGCCCUUGGCCACUCCACAAGAGCCCAGCACCGGACUGAGAUGCCCUGGUCUGCGCACAUGCUGCGCCGUGGCUGGAGACCAGAGCCACUGCCUCAGGGGCAUAGGGACGCACCAGGCACCUGACCAGGAGGGGUUCAGCAUGGCCGCAGGGUACCUUUCUGGGCCAGGCCCUGGAGACAGCUGGCACGGCCUGGUCCCCCUGCUUUGCUGUAUCCUGACCCCCAGCCCUCUCCCCUGGGCCCGGGCCUGUCCAAGGUCAGAGCUAGGCGGUCCUGAGCGGGAGACGGUUCCUUAGAGGAGCAGUGUCCCCAUUCUUGCGCCUUCUGGCUGGCCCUACUUUCUGCUCACUGACCCCACUCCAGGACACUGCCCGUGAAGCCUUUGCAUUUCUGCUCUUCACCCCUGGGGGCAGCUGAGCUCCCCACGUGCUGCUUUGUUCCUGAUGCAAACCAGCACGUCAAGGGCCCAGCCCCUCCCCCACCCUGGCAUUUCAGCGUCAAGUGCACUUAGCGGGGUGCCUGGCUCCCUCAGCCCCCACCCCACCCCCAGGUCUCAGGGUGGUCCCAGCUUCAAUUUGGGCGGCCAGAGGUUGGAGACCCCUUCCCUAAGACUUUUUUUGUGUGACCAGACCUGGGCAAGGCCUGGCUCCCACAUGUUGUCUUGGCAAAUGGGGGGGCAUAUUGGGCUGGGGUUAAGCACUAGACCCUACACAAGACUGAACACAGAAGGGUUGCCCAGGGCCCUGGCACCACCACCCACCCCUUCUCCCCAGCUGCUGCUAGCCCUCUGUGGUUGUGCGUCCUACUUGCCCCUACCCAGGGGCUGAUUCUAAAACCCUUCAUCCAAUGGUGCU